AUGGCGGUGGCGCGGAGCAUGGGGCCGGAGCGGGUGUGUCCCGAGGAGCCGGGGCCGCCGGAGGCCCCCGACGGCGCGGCGGGCUGGAGCGGCGAUGAGGAAGAGGAGGAGGAGGAGGAGGAGGAGGAGGAGGAAGGCGGCGGCGGGUACUUGUACCAGCCGCUGAGCCAGGAGCCGGAGCCGGGCCCCGGCGAGGCGGGCCCCCCCUCCGCCCCGGCGGGCUGCGCCGAGGCGGGUCCCGGCCUGCAGGAGCGGCUGCAGAUGCUGAGGCUGCACCUGCCGGACCCGCCGGCGGACAGCGAGGAGGAGGAGGAGGAGGAGGCGGCGGCGGAAGGCGCCGCAGCUCAGAGCAGCCGCAGCUCCAUCCCCAUGGACGCAGAGCACGUGGAGCUGGUGAAGAGGACGAUGGCCGGCGUGAAGCUUCCCACCCUGGGCAUCCCCGCCUGGGCCAGCCAGAUCUCGGAGGACCAAUGGAAGGACGUGGUGCAGCGCACGCUGCAGGCCCGGCAGAGCCUCAGUGGCCCCAGGCCCGAGUGGAAGUGAGGGCCAAGCUGCGGCGCGGGGGC